AUGAAGCCAGAUUUCUUAAUUCCCGUAUCUCUACAAAUGAAGGAUUUCUUAGUUUUGGAUGAGUGGAAGACAGCUGUUUUUGUAGAGGAUGUUCCUGAAAAGAAGACAGUUUCAUACAGUAUGUCUGAUAUUUACGACUUUGAAGAAGUUAUUCCAAGUUCAAAUCCAUCUUCUCAAAGUGACGUAGAGAAGAGCUCUUUAUUUAUUCCAAAUGAAGUUUUUCACCGUGUCACUUAUUCUGAGACUUGCCCAGCACUUCAAACAACCAAUCAAGCAAGAUUUGGGGGCUUAGAUGAGCUGCCCCGCCCUCAAGUUCCUGCUUGGAACUGCCCGAGGAGCCCUCGCCAUUCAGGACACACCACACUGGAUAAGAUGAUUGAUGAUGAAAUAAUUUUUAUAGAUAGUUUGGCGGAAUAUAAAAAGCAGUUACCUACAGUGUCUACCCUCUUGAGUAGACUAAAAGUGUUUUUAUUAAAAGAUCCUUGUUUAGAUUUCAAAGAACUCCAAUUCCAGAUGCUCAUGGAAGCUGAUCAUUUCAGGGAAUAUUCCCCUCUUCAAAGCAAUUUGGAAGUCCAUGAGAAAGAAGAAUUAUAUAUGAUUAAGGAGCUAUUCAAAGAUGAAAAAUUUUUUAAUGAUCUGUGUCUUUCAGAGGACUUAGAAAUGCCUUUAACUCCUCCAUAUCCAAUAACCCAACGUAUCCUGAUAAAUCCAAUACAUGCUGGACUUCAAACAGAUCAACUUUCUCCUGUUUAUAAAAUGAAAUUUACUCCAGCUGAAAGUUGCACUAAGAAAUGCAGGGUGGAGUCAUGGUCAAAAAACUAUCAAAGUUCCCUGGACUCUUGUUUACUUACAGUGCCACAAACUGAAGAGCCUGUAAUUCACUAUUCAAUUAGAGAUUUGAAAAGAAUGUUUUCUGUUGAGGUAGAAAUUCUUACUCUUGACUCUUUAAAAGAAACAUGGUGGAAACAAGAAGGACUGAGCAUAAUAAGAACAGAUACCUUGGAACAUCUUACUCCAGAUUUGUGUCAUCACAACUUGCUUCAAACUCAAAUGGAGAUAUUGCCUAUAAAACCAGUUCAGCUAGAGUGGUAUCUUGAACAAGAAAGUGAUACUGUUGUUCAACUCAAAAGCUCUCCUCCUUAUAUGGCUUCUAAAGAGAAACCUGCAGAUGAUAAUUUCUCACUUGUUCCAAAGAGUCCUUCAAAAAAUGUAUCACAUAUCUGCCUUUCUGAUAUGUAUACAGCUGUCGAAAAACCAACAAGAGAAGAAAAAACAAGGAGUAAAACAGAACUAGUUUCUGUAACAGUCGGAGAGGGAGAAAGAAAAAAUACUUUUGAAUCACUAGACUACAAAACAUUAACCAUUGAACCAUACACCCCAUCAGUAAAUCAUACCGAAUCUUUUGAACCUAGUAGAAAAUGUGAGGAUGAUUUGGAUCCUUUGAGCAAUUUUAUCAUUCUAAGAAAAAAACAUAUGACCAUCUUGUCAGAAUCUGAAGUUUUUAUGCAUGAGGGCCCCAAAGAAGGGUAUCUUGAUCAAAAAAGUGAUACUGUUGUUCAACUCAAAAGGUUUCCUUAUGUGGUUUCUAAAGAGAAUCCUGCAGAUGAUAAUAUCUCACUUGUUCCAAAGAGUCCUUCAAAAAGUGUACCACAUAUCUGUCUUUCUGAUAUGUGUACAUCUGUUGAAAAACCAACAAGAGAAGAAAAAACAAGGAGUAAACCAAAACUUGUUUCUAUUACAGUCAGAAAGGGAGAAAGGAAAGAUGCUUUUGAAUCACUAGACUAUAAAACAUUAACUAUUGAACCAUACACCCCAUCAGUAAAUCAUACUGAAUCUUUUGAACCUAGUAGAAAAUAUGAGGAUGAUUUGGAUCCUUUGAGCAACUUUAUCAUUCUGAGAAAAAAACAUAUGACCAUCCUGUCAGAACCUGAAGUUAUUGUGGAUGAGGGCCACAAAGAAGGGUAUCUUGAUCAAAAAAGUGAUACUGCUGUUCAACUCAAAAGGUCUCCUUAUAUGGCUUCUAAAGAGAAACCUGCAGAUGAUAAUUUCUCGCUUGUUCCAAAGAGUUCUUUAAAAAAUGUACCACAUAUCUGUCUUUCUGAUAUUUAUACAUCUGUCAAAAAGCCAACAAGAGAAGAAAAAACAAGGAGUAAAACAGAAGAACUAGUUUCUAUAACAGUCGGAGAGGGAGAAAGAAAAGAUACUUUUGAAUCACUAGACUACAAAACAUUAACCAUUGAACCAUACACCCCAUCAGUAAAUCAUACUGAAUCUUUUGAACCUAGUAGAAAAUGUGAGGAUGAUUUGGAUCCUUUGAGCAACUUUAUCAUUCUGAGAAAAAAACAUAUGACCAUCCUAUCAGAUACUGAAGUUAUUGUGGAUGAGGGCCACAAAAAAGGGUAUCUUGAUCAAAAAAGUGAUACUAUUGUUCACCUCAAAUGCUCUCCUCCUUAUAUGGCUUCUAAAGAGAAACCUGCAGAUGAUAGUUUCUCACUUGUUCCAAAGAGUCCUUCAAAAAGUGUACCACAUAUCUGUCUUUCUGAUAUGUGUACAUCUGUUGAAAAACCAACAAGAGAAGAAAAAAUAAGGAGUAAAACAGAAGAAUUAGUUUCUAUAAUGGUCAGAGAGGAAGAAAGAAAAGAUACUUUUGAAUCACUAGAUUAUAAAUCAUUAAUCAUUGAACCAUACAUCUCAUCAGUAAAUCAUACUGAAUCUUUUGAACCUGGUAGAAUAUGUGAGGAUGAUUUGGAUCCUUUGAGCAACUUUAUCAUUCUAAGAAAAAAAUAUAUGACCAUCCUGUCAGAACCUGAAGUUAUUGUGGAUAAGGGCCAUAAAGAAGGGUAUCUUGAUCAAAAAAGUGAUACUGUUGUUCACCUCAAAAGCUCUCCUCUUUAUAUGACUUCUAAAGAGAAACCUGCAGAUGAUUUCUCACUUGUUCCAGAGAGUCCUUCAAAAAGUGUACCACAUAUCUGUCUUUCUGAUAUGUGUACAUCUGUUGAAAAACCAACAAGAGAAGAAAAAACAAGGAGUAAAACAGAAGAACUAGUUUCUAUAAUAGUCGGAGAAGGAGAAAGAAAAGAUACUUUUGAAUCACUAGAUUAUAAAUCAUUAAUCAUUGAACCAUACAUCUCAUCAGUAAAUCAUACUGAAUCUUUUGAACCUAGUAGAAAAUGUGAGGAUGAUUUGGAUCCUUUGAGCAACUUUAUCAUUCUGAGAAAAAAACAUAUGACCAUCCUGCCAGAACCUGAAGUUUUUAUGGAUGAGGGUCACAAAGAAGGGUAUUUUGAACAAGAAAGUGAUACUGUUCAACUCAAAAACUGUCCUCCUUGUAUGGCUUCUAAAGAGAAUUUUGCAGAUGAUAAUUUCUUACUUGUUUCAAAGAGUCCUUCAAAAAGUGUACCACAUAUCUGUCUUUCUGAUAUGUGUACAUCUGUUGAAAAACCGAGAGAAGAAAAAACAAGGAGUAAAACAGAAGAAUUAGUUUCUAUAACAGUUGAAGAGGGAGGAAAAAAAGAUACGUAUGAAUCACUAGAUUACAAAUCAUUAAUCAUUAAACCAUACAUUUCAUCAGUAAAUCAUACUGAAUCUUUUGAACCUAAUAGAAAAUGUGAGGAUGAUUUGGAUCCUUUGAGCAACUUUAUCAUUUUGAGAAAAAAACAUAUGACCAUCCUGUCAGAACCUGACAUUAUGGAUGAGGGUCCAAAAGAAGAAUCCAAAAUGCAAAACAAAGAGGAAUAUACUUUGAUUCUCGAAGAAGAAAAUCUUGCUGUUUGUAGAGAGCUAUCCCCUAAAAAGAAUCAACAAAAGGAAAUAAAUGAUGUCAUUGAAAUUCAAGCAACAGACAGCCAAUGCCAAGCAUAUAGCCUUUUAGAAGCAAUAGCGACCCCUUUAUUAAAAGAACUUGCUUGCCAUGAUAGUCUUCAUACAUCAAACUGGAAAUUUGCCACUCUUGGCUUUGACCAAACUAGAUUUUUCUUAAAGCAACAAGAAAAAAUAAUAAAUGAAGUUUUUCUUCAAGGCAAAAAUGAUGAAAGCAAAGUAAUAUUCAAACAGGCAGCACUGGUCCAUCUUUUGGUAACAAUUCGAGAUAUCCUCUUAAUGUGUACGUUGGACAUAGCAUUGGGAUAUUUACUGAAAGCAAAAGAUGUCUACAAAAGUAUGUUAGGUUCCUGUUUGGAUAAUAUUUGGAGACAGCUUGAGAUUGUACAAUUUAUCAGGAAGAAAAAGCCUGAAACCAACUAUAAAGAACAAGAAUUAUAUCACCAAGUGUUACAUUUGGUACAAACAAACAGUACAGAAGAACAACAAUUUAAGAUGUUAAUUAUAACAAGAAUGGACUCCAAUGAUGAACAUUGUUUCCUUACUGAAAUACUUAGCAAAAUAAAAGGUUUAGAAUGUAUUUCUUUAUCUCCUGAAAAAAGAAAAGUUUUACUGGAAUCCAAAGAUGUUUUAAAUGGCCUCAAGAAGUGUUCCUGUGUGAUUAUACAUAAUCGAUAUAUUGGACCCGACUUCCCCUGGACUCAAUUCUCACUCAUGGUAGAAUAUAAUUAUGUAGAAAACUCUUGCUGGACUGAACAUUGUAAACAAUUGAAUAUUCCUUACUUGGCCUUUAAAACAGUUCUCCCAGAAGGAACUUUUAAUGAAAAUGCCUCACUGGACAAAUUUGGUGGUUUUCUUUUGGAAAUUCAAAUCCCAUAUGUGUUUCUCACAUCUGAAGGAAUUCUUAACACACCAGAAAUACUUCAGCUACUAGAAUCAAACUACAAUAUAACUGUAGUGGAAAGAUGUUGCAGUGAGUCCUUACAGCAGUUUGGGGAUACAGAUCGUUAUGUGGUAGUAACAAUUGAUGAGGGCACAGCCAUAAUUAUUCAGAGUCUAGAAGAGCUGAAUUUUGAAAAGGCAUCAGAUAACUUCAUUUUGAAAUUGAUAGCUUUAUCAAUUCAGUAUAGCUAUUGUUGGAUCAUUUUAUACUCCAAGGAAAGACUGAAUUCAGAGUACUGCCUUAAAGGAAAAACGCUUCAUCAUCUAGCACUGAUCUAUGCAGCUUUGGUUCCAUUUGGGUCAAAAUCUGAAGAAUUGGAAGUGAAGCUUGUUAUUAUGCCAGGAGUAGAAGAAACUGCACAGCUGAUUCGCCAAAUUGCUGACCACAUCUUGAUGUCCUCUAAGAGAGAGCCUCAUGAAUGGCUGGACAAAUCUUGGCUUUCAAUCUCACCAUCUGAAGAUGAAAUGUGUUUACUUGAUUUUCCUUGUAUCAAUCCCUUGGUGGCUCAGCUUAUGUUAAACAAAAGCCCUUCACUGCCUUGGCUGCUAUCUGCAACUUUUGAUCAACUUCAAGGACUUUUACCUCAAGUUCCCUCCAAAGUGUUAAAGCACUUUGUUGAGAUUACUUCUUUGUUCAAGAUUGACUCAUCCCUCACAAAGUCACCUUUAAUUUCAUCAUCUCAAGAAAAUGCAUAUCAACCUGGCACCAUCUAUUCUCAGUGUUCAACCUCAAGUUCUUCAGCACUUCAAGGACAGGAUGAGUAUUAUUGUUAUCCAAAAUUAUAUGAAAAAGUUCCUAAAGUUCCUUCUUCAAGUUGUACCACUUCUCUCAUAGGCCUAAGUGAAAUGCAUUAUAUUUUACCGUCUUCAAAAUCUUGUGAACAGAUGAACUACUGGGAAAAUUCCAAUUUGAACCCAAAGCAACUACAAAAUACUGAUUUUUUAAAUAACAUAGAAUCCAGAAGAACAGCUGGUACUUCCUUCCAAGACAGGAUGAUUCAGACCCAGAUGAUGUCUUUUGCAGUACUAGCUCAAAUAAAUUAUGAAGCAAGAAUGACUGAGAGUGUUGCUAACUCUGAUUGUAUAAACUACAAGGAACAAAACAUGCAUACAACAAAAGGAAAAAUAGGAAAAGAAUUGGAUUCCCCCAUCUUUUUACUAGAGAAUUCUGGGUAUCCUGCAACCCAGAAUUUUAAGAACAGUAUACUAGAAUCACAAAUCCAUCCUCCCAAAUUGCAAUACUGUAGAGAACAGAGCUCAUAUGAUGCAUGGCUCUUUAAAAAAGAUAAUUUAAAUACAGCCUCUACCCCCUUUAUGUUUCAACAAAAUUAUCAAUCUGGUGAAUUAAAAGAUUUCAUAUAUGACAGGCUAGAUGCUCAAACAGAUAAGGCUUCCUGGAAAGAAUUAUCAGCUUUCUCCAGUGUGAAUUCAUUUGCACAUAAUUGCAGUACCUAUAAUUUAAAUGCAACUUCAGAAAAAUUCAAUAAUCUGUUUGUCCAGCAAACAUCUGGGAGAUAUUCAGGACAGAAGAGAACCUCAUUGAAUUUAGCAGAGAAUAAAUCAUUAACAGAUUUGAUAUAUUCACAGAGACCCCAAAUCAAAAGAAGGCGACUAAUGUGUGAAAAAGUCCCUGGAAGAAUUGAUGGCCAAACACGCCUUAAGUUCUUUUGAAGAAACAUGGGGCCAGUUUCCACACUGUGAAGAGCUUUGGAAGAGCUUUUUCACUGUGUGAAACACUAUUCAAAUGUCAGCAUGUAUUUAAGAUUUUUCUCUGUGUUCUCAAUGUUGUAUUGAAAUUAAAUUUCCAAGAAAUAUACACCACCAUCUCCUAUAAUUUACAUUUUGGUA